CUAAUAGGGCGUGUCUUCCGGAAGGGGGCGUGUCUAUCUCGCUGUUCCGCAGAGCUCCAUCACGGUGAACGCAGGAUGGAGCAGAUGUUCGGCCGCUCCAGCGCUCCGCCCGGCCCGGUUCUGCAGGUGUGUUUCCCGAGCGCCCGCGCCUCUGUGCUGGAGAACCUGAACCGGCAGCGGGAGGAGGGCCAGCUGUGCGACCUGUCCAUCCAGGUGCAGGGACAGGUGUUCCGGGCACACCGCUGUGUCCUGGCCGCCUCCUCACCUUACUUCCAUGACCAGGUUCUACUCAAGAACGUCACCACGGUGUCUCUACCCUCCGUCAUGGACCCUCUGGCCUUCGAGAGUGUCUUAAACUCUGCAUACACUGGCCAGCUCAGCAUAGUACGUGAUGACAUCAUCAACUACGUCACCGUGGCCAGCUUCCUGCAGAUGUGGCACAUCGUAGACAAGUGCACGGAUAUCCUCAAGAGGUCGCGACCCCUAGCGCAGGUCAGCCCCGGCGGCGCCACCUCGUCCAGUCACCAGUCUCCCAGUAGCUCAGACUGCUGUUUUGCCGAUCCCGAGGACACAACAACCGAACAACCUCUGGAGAAAAGACCACACAGCGCACUGCCACCGCUGGCCACAUGGAGGCGCCCUCAGCAGAACCGGUGGAGCCGAAGCACCCUGACGUUCCCCCUGCGACCGGAUUCUGAAUGCGGCUCCAAUGCAGCAAGUGUUCACGGGUGCAGCGCUCCACCUCUACCGUCACUCGUCAGCCCGCCAGAGUUAGACUUCGCUGCGAGGCACCGAAUAAGAGUUCGCCUACGCGGAGCGAAAGAAGAGGAGGAGCAGCGGAGGAUGGAGGCGGAUGAAGGAGUGGGAGAACCCUCCCAGGAGGACAGAGUGAGGGUGAAAAAUGAGGAGCACCAGGCCGGAGUCGCCGAGCCGGACGGCAGCCUCAGAGAAAGCGAGAGCAGGGAGUCGCUGCAGGAGACAGACGGACUGUGGCAGAGCGUCACCGAAUGGCCGCUAGAUGACAAAGUGCUGGACGAGGACGACAAAACGGAUCUCUCCUUCGAGACCUAUGAUGAAAUCGAGAAGGCAACGGGGCAGAUUUCCCAGCGCCCCCUGCUGCCGUCUGAGCUUUCCUGGGUCUCGCAGUCGUCCUCGUCCUCCCCGUGCUCUCCUCUCUCUGCGACGCCCAAAGUCCACUUCUGUCACUGCGGCAAAGCGUACACGCUGAAGAGCAUGCGCGACCGCCACGUCAAAAUGCAGCACCUGAACCUGCGACCGUUCAGCUGCCCCGUCUGCUCCAAGAGCUUCAAGAUGAAGCACCACCUGACCAAACACGUCAAGACACACGGAGGCCUGCGGCCGUAUGAGUGCAGCGUCUGCGGAAAGAAGAUCGUCUGGAGGGACAGUUUCCUCAAGCAUCAGGCACGCUGUCAGCGGACACCUGAGACCAGCGCAGAGUCUGGCGGCCAGCAGGAGGAUGCAGACGCAGCCGGACAAGUGAAGGUGGAGCAGGACGACUAUUCGUUACAGGAAGAGGAAAUGCAGUCUUAAAAGUAAAGGUUCUAAGGGGUUGGGGAGAGUGGGGGGAUAUACAGAAGUGACAGAACAGGGGUGUCUGAUCUUGCUUUUAAUGGGGGGCAGUGACUUUUUUAGGCCCUAAAGUCCAGCUCACACUGUGCGCUUUUAAUAAUGCAGAAGGAUCGUAGCAUGUCAGACGGCACAAAGAUGAUCCCGGUGUCACAAUGCAAGAUCUCAGUUUCAUAAUGUCAGACUGAUAAUUAAGAAGAGACAGACAUAGUAGAAAUUUCGUGUAGAGUUUGACAUCAUUCAUAGGCGACACUUUCACUAUCCUGUGUUCUGACAUGGUACUUAACGGUAAACAAACUGUAGCGGUAAUCUGGCUCAAAGCUUGCCUCAAUAAUAAAACCAGAAAAGGCUGUUUUGGCAUUUCCCCUGGGUGGUUUGAAUUUGUCCUGCUGAUUGUGUCAUCAGAUUCAUCAUAACCGAAUCAGGCAAGAGUCUGAAAUCUUCUGAAUCUGCCAGAACUUCAUCAGAGGGAAAAUCUGAUCAUUAUGGCCAUUAAGAGGCUGUAGAUGAACAGGUCGAACCAAUGAUCAAAGAUUUUAGGCUAGGAUUACAGGAAUCUUUCAGGAUUUGCCAAAUUUGUCUCAGACGACCAGAUCAUGGCUCAAAUCGCACAGUGUGAGCAGGGCUUAGGCAAAUCAAGGGGGACCCUUGGUAUAAAUCACCUUCUGGCAGGGAGGUGUCUAACAGGAGUCCCCACACUGACAUGUUUUAUAAGCUGUCAGAGCAGGGGUGCACAAACUCAGUCCUGAAGGGCUGAUGGCCUGCUGAGUUUAGCUUCAACUACCACCAACACGUCUGCCUGGAAGAUUCAAGUAUGGUCUUGUUCAAGGAUGCCCAAACUCAGUGCUGGAGGGCUGCUGUCUUAAAUAGUUUAGCUACAACUUGCCUCAACAAACCUCUCUGGAGGUUGCUAGUGUGCCCAGUAACUGCUUGAUUAGCUGUUUCAGGAGAGUCUAAUUGGGGUUGGUGGUAAACUCUGCAGGACACCGGUCCUCCAGAACUUAAUUUGGUACCACAGCUCUGGAAACACCUCUCUGGUAGAUUCUAGUAUAGUUUAGCUCAAGAGCUUCCAAACUGUCCUGAAGGGCCACUGUCCUGCCACUAGCCAAAACACACCUAUCUGGAAGCUUCAAGUAUGACUAUUAAGACUUUAAUUAGCUGGUUCAAGUGAGUCUAAUUGGGGUUGGAGGUAAACUUUGCAGGACACUGGCCCUUCAGGACAAAGUGUAAUCAACCCAGCAUUAAGGCCAUGGUAUACUUCAAACAAAAAUGAAGAAUGAAUUGAAAUGAAUUAGAGCUAAAUCUGGCCAAAACAAAGUUUGGGGGAGUUCAUUUUGGCUCCUAAAACUGUAGAGCUCCCAUUGUCCUGUGAUGAUUACUCAGUUAUUGGGUGUGAACUCCGCCUUCCUGGCGUGCGAUUAAUUCGUAUAUCAUAUCCACGGAGGUCAAACCGCAGAACAAGCCUGAACACGCUAGUGCAUAGGUCUCAAAGUCAAUUCCUGGAGGGCCGCAGCCUGUCCCAACCUGUUUCUAACACAGCUGAUCCAACUAAUCAAGGUGUUCACGAGUACUCUUGAACACCUUCAUUAGUUGGAUCAGGUGUGUCGAUUAGGGCUGGAGCAAAACUGUGCAGAAAUUGACUUUGAGACCUAUGCACUAGAGGGUGGAGUAGCAGAGCUAGUACAGAUAUCCGCACCUGUGCGAUCACUCGCGGAGAGAUUUAAAGACUCGCAGGGGCUCUCACACACUGGCAUUUUAAAAGAUUUGUCCGAAGUAUACCAGGGCCUUUUAGAGAAUCUGAAGACCUAGUCUUGCUUGAGCUAAUCUCUCCAGGCCACAGUGGUUCUCUAGGAACAAGUUUGAACAACCCUGCCAUAGAAGAACCUUUAUUGGUUGCCCAAACAAUCAAACUGAUAAAAGAGCCAUAUUAAAGGUGUGGUCAGAUUAGUGAAUUCCUGCAUGUAAAACAGGUUCCUUGUCUUUUGUAGUUGUAAUAAGCACUUAUAAACCUGUGUGGCGAUCGUGUUUUACCAGCUGGAACAUGAUGGAAAUCUGUGCAGGGAGUUUUUCACCAUCAAGACUCGUGCACACUGAUGAUUAUCGCAUGUGAUUAUCACCAAAGUUUAGUGGAUCAUGACUAAAUGAAGGGUGCUGAUGUGAGUGUGCACACCGAAGCUCAAAACAACUUAAGCCACAUCUAAUCUAUUAAAUAGGUUUCUGGCUCGUUUUUUUGUUAGUUUGACGCGCUGCAUUAAAGAAAUUGGUCGAUCAAUGAGAUGAGAGCUGCUUUUGUCGUGCAUUGAGCUGUUGAAAUUACAAUGAAAAACACUUGGUGGCGUUUAAGCAAAAACCUCUUUAGCUGAGCAGAUUAAUCAGGAUUUACAUCAUGUAAUUUUCUUUUAUGAUUUAUAACUGUUUGUUUGUAUGCUAUAGUCGAGGAGGAUAAACAGAACAGGAGUAAUGUAUGCGAUAAAUACACAAGGAAAAAUUCUGAGAGUGACGACUUCUGCCCAGCAAGCGAGGGUCUGAACAGUAAAGUUGCGCAGCGCCACCUUGUGUACUGGAGUGUUUCUGUUUUUCAUUAAGCGCCAUCUAGUGUCAGGGAGUGAUUUUGUACGUUAAUUCAGCUCAACAGAGUGGAAACUGAUUUGGCAAAAAAAAAA